AUGGCAUUAUUCAUCAAUUCACCUCUCUGCACACCAGAUCAUAAUAGUUUGGCAGAACGAGAACACCGUCAUCUUGUUGAAACUGCAUCUACUGAUGGAGCUAUUUUCCUGCUGCUGACAAGUUCAUCUCCAGUGGUAAAGCAUGUUGUAGAGUCUGCCUUUGAUCGACAGGAUAGAGGAAAACAGCUGGCUUCUUUACAUGCUCUUGGAAGCAUAGCUGGAGCAGACAGAUCUGACAAGAGUUUACUACUAAAUGACAGUGCAGAAGAAUGCCUUAAGCGCUUGAUUUAUGAAGCAGCUACAAAUAGUUCGAAGCUAACACCAUCUGGUUUAUUCCUCUCUGUGCUGCAACAAGAACCUGAAAUGCGAUUAGCAGCUUACCGAUUGAUAUCCGCCCUUGUUGCUCGGUCAUGGUGCUUAAUGGAGAUUUGCUCCAGGCUGGAGAUUACAUCUAUUGUGAUGGAUGCAGAUAUUGAGGACGCAAAGAUGGGUAUGGAAGCUCGCCAUCAGUGUUGUGCGGCCAUCUAUUACGCUCUGUCUGCUUCAAAUAUGGCCGCUGAUGCCAAAGUUGCUGAACUAGCAGGAAAGUUGCAGGAAGCAGUUAAAAGAGGUCCUUUUCUGACCAAAAGGCACAUUGAACCAAAACCUAUUGUCAUAACUGCUGAAAGGUUCUGAUUGGAAAUGAAAACCUAAAACAAGGUUCUAUAAUAUAUUGGGUUGGCUUCUGUAGAGAUCCUAAAUCAGUAAAAGAAUAGCUGCCAUUUCAGAGAUGAAUUUUAUCAUAGUCUUAAUACAUUUUCUGUAUUACAAAUGUUCUUAUUUUGCUGGUUCAAACUGAUAGAAGAGUGAAGAGAUUCAGUUUUGGGGAAAUAAUCCUGUGUUUCAUAUUUUAAGAUUAGUUUCAGUUCUCCAUAAACCUCUUUGGAAUAUGUAAAAUGAGAUUUUUCUGCAUUUGUUGGUGGUCAUGUUUAAAU